UGGGGCUAGGCGAGCAAAACCUUGCCUGCCCCAGGGCCAAAAAGCACCUAGACGUUAAUUCCAAUUUCAUACCCCAAUACAUUACAGCUCAAUAGCGAGACACAAUUGUUUCGAUACACAACAACGAUUACGAUUAUGCAAAAGACCUUAAUCACUGCACAGAGGCGCCCAGAGCAGCUGGUCCAGCUGUGCGCGGUCUGCGCACGAGGCGCCAGCGGCGCGUCGACGACGGCACGACGCUACGCGACGCAAUCAGCACGCCGAUACCAAACUUUGAGCCAGGCAGCAUCGGUAGCGCCGAGGACCCCGAUUCGCGCAUGUAGGCCGAGCAGCACGAUUUUGAGGGGCUUCUCGAGCACGGCCGCCGGCAGGACCGAGACAUCCGGAGCGGCGACAAACGACACCAAAAAAGAGCAGCCGCCGCGGUCCAGCGAGCCCGACUACUACGCCCUCUUCCCACAGACGCUGCCUUCGGGCCCCCCUCCCUCCGGACCCUUUGCCAUCGAUACGCGGGCCCUCCGCCGCGAGUACCUGCAGCUGCAGGCGGCGGUGCACCCAGACUUUCACCACGCUGCGGGCGGCAGCUCCGAGACGGACAAUUCGGCAAAUAGCAGCAGUAAUUCCGCACACUCACCUGCGAGACGGCGCGCCGAGGCGGCGUCGAGCCACAUCAACGCUGCGUACAAGACGUUAUCGUCGCCGCUGCUGCGGGCGCAGUACCUCCUGGAUCGGCAGCACGGGCUGGAUCUGGCGGGCGACGAGGCGGCAAGCCUGGCGGCGCCCGACCCGGAGCUGCUGGGCGAGGUCAUGAUGGUGCGCGAGGAGGUGGAUGAGGCAGAGGUCGAGGCGGAUUUGGAGGGACCGCGGCAGGAGAACGAGGAGAGGAUCAGGGAGUGCGAGGAGGGUUUGGGUAGGGCGUUUGCGGAGGGAAGGGUCGAUGAGGCGGUAGCGCUCACGGUCAGGCUCAAGUACUGGCUCAACGUCAGGGAGACGAUUGAUAAUUGGGAGCCCGGGAGGCCGGCUGUCUUGCAGCAUUGAUGAGAGACAGUUGACAUUGGUUCCAGGUUUUGAUCCUAGCCCCAUCUAGAUUGUGCUGGUCAGAAACAGUAAGAGUUGGUGAAAUUAGAUUGUCACGAUCAUGGCAGUCACGACAGGAACCUUUGGGUUAAACAUUUCCAAGCUCGAUUUGAUUGAUCUUCAGCAUCAACUCCUCAUCCUCCCCUCUGGUUGAAAAACGAUUCCCGUCGACGACAGGGCAGUAUGUACAGGUGAACUUAAAAGUUCAUGUUGCCAUAAUCAAGUCUCAACAAGAUGAAUCCCUUCUCCUCCUAUCAAAAAGUUAUCAGUUCGUGUUGCAGAGCAGCUUGCCCACUACUAUUCUUUCCGUUCUGAUUUCCUCCCAAUCCCCUAUUCUUCCUCCACUACACUUCGCCCUAUUGCACCACCACUGCUUCAAGCAGUGAAGCGCUUGGCGUUCUUGGCGUUCUUCUUGUUCUUCUUGUCCUUCUUCUUGUCGUCGCCGGCUUCGUCGUCGGCGUCGGCGGCCUUGACGUCGGCGGCAGCAGGCGCAGCAGCAGGGGUGGUAGCAGGGGCGGUGGCAUUGCCGGCAGCAGCACCACCAGUUCCAGCAAUCUGCAUAGCGAUACAACCACCAAAGGGACCGGCCUUGUUCUCGUUGGCGAUCUUGACGAGGCAUACAUUCUUCUGGCCGGCCAUCUCACCGGUGCACUUGACUCCGGCGGGGAUGGCAAAGGACAUGGGGUGGUCGGUGUUGACGUUGGACGCGCGCUUGACCAGGCCGCGAGCCUCAAGGGCGUCGAGCGAGCGCUCCCAGAUCUCGCCGAGGAAGGAACGCUUGCCCUUCUUGGGAGGCUUGAUGUUGCCGUUGGUGCCCGGAACCUGGGUCGUGACCUCGAGCAUCAUGCCCUCGGAGAACUUGCCGGUGCCGGUGGGGUCCAGAACAGCCUUGAUAGGGCCAGCGCCAUCUGUGAAAGCAGAGUUAGCAAGUCUGACUCUUGCCAGCUAGACGGGUUUCAAAUCCGAAUUGCCCCUGGGAAAUAGGUCAUGUCUUACCAGUCGUCACAAUGUGAUACGUUCCGGAGAGGGUGCCACCGUUGGCGGAAACCUGAGGAAGAGUGUCGCCGGACUGGGCCAUGGCCAACGAAAGCAUCUCGGGGGUGUUCUCGCCGUUGCCCUUAGUCUUGCCAAGCCCGUCCGACAUGAUGUUGGUGCCCGCUUGCUUCUUGCUGAAGACCGUGGUGUCCUUCUCCGUCACACUGUUGCGUCCGGGGCCGGGGACGACGCCACCGAGGAUACCGAGGGCGGUACCGUUGCCACCCUGGUCACCGGUGACGACGGCGACCUUGCCAUGAGCAGCCACGAGCGGGCUGGCGGCCAGAGCGAGCAUGAGAGCCUUGGAGAACAUCUUGAAGUGUUUGGUUGUAAAAAGGGGGAAGGGAGAAAAAAAAAGAGUUAUAAAAUUGGGUUGACACCUGGUACAACUUUGGAAAGACUGUAAUUAAAGAGUUGAUCAAGAGUUGGCUCGAAUCAAUCGGCCUAUGAGAAGAAGAUAUGAGCAAAGAGAAAGGUGAGGAGAGACGAGGCUGAAGAUGCUUGGGAUGAUGAUCAAAAGUAGAAUUGCCAAGAGAUGGGGGGAACAAAGCACCAUUAUAUAGAGGUUUCUGGCCGGUGAUGCCCUCACAGGCUCACGGGCCUCGGUGCACUUCGGCAUGCCUCCUCCGUGACAUCUCGGGCAUUCCUGACCCAGAAAUCUCCUCGUACCCCCUGGAUCGCAUAUUUUGCCAUCACAACUUCUCCACAUGACAGGUUUGGGUCUCCGGAUCGGGCUCAAAGUGGCUAAGCUCCAAUCCAAACAUAGACUCAAAGGACGUGAACAAAAACAAAAGGAGUAAAAGGAGUUAGCGACAAUGCUAUGGGGUCGCAGUUGACGACAUCGUCGACACUUGACGACUUGACUACCGCUUAAUUUCGCCAGAAACGAUACAGUCCCUUGGCAUGAAACGUUGCUCGGCCAGGGCGAGACGCUCUCCAGCGAGGCAUUCCACCCUUGGUGGAGAUCGAAGAUGGCCGCUAUCAAUAUAUUUGCCAAGCCCAUGCCGGGUAACGAUCCUCCGAUCGACUCCACAAUGGACGGAGAAAGAAUUGCUUGAUUUGAUUUGGCAAAGCCCUAAAGUCUUGGCCUGAGAGCUAUGGGCAACCGGCGUGGCUCCCAGUUGAACGUCGGGCUGAUAAUUACAUCUGCAAUCACAUUUGACGUGCAAAGGUUUCUCUAACUUUGCGCCAUUAGGGAGAUACUGUCCAAGAUAUCGUGCGUCAUAUGUCAACUAUACUAUGGGAUUGGUAACGGCCACGGCCGCGAACUAAGGCAGCCAUCCCAUGUCGAUUGGUCUGGAAAUCACGCUCCCUGACAACCGAACAAAACGGGGAUCAACGUGGCUAAG